UUUUACGACAGAACGUACUAAGUAGUACGUGUAUUUUUUUUUGUUCACAAGAAGGGAAUUCUAUAAAAAGACGAGCACCAGGGAAUCGAAAACGAAAAUUCUUGAACGUUUACUAUUUUAGCUUGCCGUAGAUAAAAAAUUUAUUCAAUAUAAAAAUGAGUUUAGUUUGGACAAUAAUUGCAGGAUUUCUUUACUCAGAAAUUGCACUUGUACUCCUGUUAGUUUUACCAAUAGCAAGCCCACAAAGAUGGAACAGAUUUUUUAAAUCGAGAUUCUUAGCAAUGCUUGAAAAGCAGGCACAGAUGUAUUUUUAUUUACUUUUAGGAGUUUUGGUCAUUUUUCUUUUAGAAGCAAUUCGGGAAAUGCGAAAAUACUCGAAUCACGAAGUGGCAACUGAUACACAUUUAAAUGUAGAAAUGCAACACAGUAUGAGACUAUUUAGGGCCCAGCGUAACUUUUAUAUUUCCGGUUUUGCAAUAUUUUUGGUUUUUGUUAUACGUCGUCUUAUAAUGUUUAUUACUCAAAUCGCCAAUUUAUUGGCCCAAAGUGAAGCAUCAAUGAAACAAGCCCAAAGUGCAACAGCGGCAGCGAGAACUCUUAUGAAUGCUAAAAAAGAUACUGAAGAUGAUCCAAGCAGCGUAGAUGAGAUAAAACGACUACGUGAACGAGUUCAAGAACUAACCUCAUCCCUUAAUCAUGAACGAAAAGAUAAAGAAGCUUUAAAAUCACAAGCAGAAAGCUUAAACAAAGAAUACGAUCGUUUGACGGAGGAAUAUAGCAAAUUGCAAAAGCAAAUUACCAUUACAAGUGGAAACAAAAACGAAAAGGAUGAUUAAAAAUUAUAAUUUCUUUUUAUUUUUCUUUUUUAUAUACAUUAUUAUUUACUUAAAGAGAGGAUAUUUAUGGUAUUUUAGAGUUUAAUAAAAAAUAUUUUGUAUUCAUUGUUAGAAUUAACA